CUAGAAAAAAAACCCUAAUUAAAUAGGCAACCGAACCAAAACUGAGAGCUUCCACGGCUCAGCGUCGGCGCGCAGCCAUGACUGCUCCGCCGAGGACGCCACCCCCGCCCACCGCGCGGCCCGUGGCGAGCGGCUCCCCGCACCGCCACCCCCGUCCCCCUCCCGCUCCGCGCCACCAUCUCCACCCGCAGCACAAGCAGCAGGGCGCCACGACGACGUCCGUGCUGGGCGUCGGCGUCCCGAACGCCUGGCUCUCGCAGCGCACCCCCGUCCUCGGCCUCCGCGCCUGGGUCCUCGUCGCCGCCGGCGCCGCGGCGGCCGCCCUCGCCCUGCUCUGCCUCGUCUUCUGCCUGUGCCGCCGCUGCCGCCGGCAUCGCCCCCCUCGCCUCGCCCCGAGCGCGCACCGCCCCGGCGCCAGCAGGUCACUCAGGCACCGCGUGCACGCGCAUCAUGAGGCGGUGGCAAUGCCGCCGGCCAAGGACGUCGAGGAGGCCUCCGCCCGGUGGCGCCCGCCGCCGUUCGAGCCGCCGAUCGAGGUCAUCAAGGCGGAGCAGAAGGCGCCGCUGAUCCUGGCGGAGCAUUUCGCGAGGACGAGCGGCGAGUCGGCGACGAGCAGAAGCGGCGAUGGCGGAAGCACCGACAGCGGCGGCGGCAGCGACGCGGAGGUUCCCGAGGCGGCGCGGCGCGGGUGGGGCCGGCGGUACACGCACCGGGAGAUGGAGGAGGCCACGGGCGGGCUCGCCGCCGCGAACGUGAUGGGGGAGGGUUGCUACGGUGUCGUGUACAGGGGCGUGCUCCGGGACGGCACCGCCGUCGCCGUCAAAAACCUCCACAACAACCGGGGCCAAGCAGAGAAAGAUUUCAGGAUGGAGGUUCAGACGAUCGGGCGUGUCCGGCACAAGAAUCUGGUCAGUUUGCUCGGCUACUGCAGCGAAGGAGCAUGCAGGAUGCUUGUUUACCAGUACAUGGAGAACAGUAAUCUGGAUAAGUGGCUGCACCACGAUGACAGUGAAAUCAGUCCACUGACCUGGGACAUCAGGAUGCGCAUACUCCUUGGAACGGCCAAAGGGUUGGCCUACCUUCACGAAGGGCUGGAGCCCAAGAUAGUUCACCGCGACAUCAAAUCCAGCAACAUUCUUCUCGACCAGCAGUGGAACGCCAAGGUGUCGGAUUUCGGGCUCGCCAAGGUUCUCUGUUCUGAGAGAUCCUACGUAAACACGCGGGUCAUGGGAACGUUCGGGUAUGUGGCACCGGAGUACGCGAAAACCGGAAUGCUGACCGAGAGGAGCGACGUUUACAGCUUCGGAGUGCUGGUCAUGGAGGUCAUAACCGGCCGGACUCCGGUGGACUACACAAGACCAGCCGAUGAGGUGAACCUGGUGGAGUGGCUGAAGCACAUGGUCGCCGAGCGGAGGGUGGAGGAGGUGCUGGACCCCAGGCUGCCGGAGCCGCCGCCGUCCAAGGCCCUGAAGCGGGCGAUCCUUGCCGCGCUCCGGUGCGUCGACCCGGAGGGCAGCCAGAGACCCACCAUGGCACAUGUGGUUCAUAUGCUCGAAGACGACCAGAUACAGCGAGACGAAUUCAAGCUCGCCAGGGAUCUGUCCCCUCGGGAGUCAGAUAGCUACGAGCGCGAGCACUGCAGAUGAAUGGAGGCUACGCGAGGCAGGGUGACAGUGACACAGUAUGGGACACUGUGAUGGUAAUAGCGAAAUGUUUUGGUACCAGUUGAGAAUUGAGAUCUCCUCUCAUGUACGACUGUCUACUCUGUGACAGCGCGGUGGUUAAUAACACAAGUAUACGGUGUUCUUGAAACCAACAA